AUGGCCACAGAGCAGGUGAGGGGGCAGCAUGGCCCAGACCCGCCCCCCGGACCCCGGAAGCCCCCUGUGGGCGUCAUGGCUUCCAGUAGUGGUGCUGAGGGGCUCCCCUUGACCAGGAGGAAGAGCAGCAAGAGGGCGAAGGGGCUCCGAGGGUCCCGGAAGGGCACUGGCAGCUCUGGGGAGCAGACCCUCACGCAGGGCCCCGAGGCCCUGGGGAGCAGCAAGAACCCCUCCAGGACUGGAGACGGGCAGGAAGGGCCAGCCUCUCGUCGCCAGUCCCACCGGCAUCGUCCUGCCCCCCGGCACGAUCCUGCUCAGAGGACAUACGGGCCCCUGCUCAACCGCAUCUUUGGGAAGGACCGCGAGCUGGGCCCCGAGGAGCUGGAUGAGCUUCAGGCUGCCUUCGAGGAGUUUGACACGGACCGCGAUGGUUACAUCGGCUACCGGGACCUGGGCGAGUGCAUGCGGACACUGGGCUACAUGCCCACGGAGAUGGAGCUCAUCGAGGUCUCCCAGCAUGUCAAGAUGCGAAUGGGUGGCCGCGUGGACCUCGAGGAGUUUGUGGAGAUGAUGGGCCCGAAGCUGAGGGAGGAGACGGCACACAUGCUGGGGCUGCGGGAGCUGCGCAUCGCCUUCCGCGAGUUUGACAGGGACAGGGAUGGGCGGAUCACGGUGGCAGAGCUGCGGCAGGCAGCACCGGCUCUGCUCGGGGAGCCACUGGUGGGUCCUGAGCUGGACGAGAUGCUCCGAGAAGUGGACCUUAAUGGGGACGGCACCGUAGACUUUGAUGAGUUUGUGAUGAUGCUUUCUACCCACUGA